AGAGUUGUUCAUGCGGACGAGUACUUGCAUAUUUCACGAUAUACAGAUUUAAUUACAGCGACGUAAAAUAGUACAAUAGGCUUGCACGGCACGUAUAAUUGUUAGAAAAGUAUUAAUAGAGAUGUGAAAGAGACACUGCUUUGUUACUCAAAGUUGGUUUUCGUAGAACGGAACAUGAGGAGAGUCGUUCCUAUAUUACCUGGCUACCGCGUAAACCCUACCUUUGCCCCGGCGCUCUUCAUUCAGCAGUUUUAAACGGGCGAGUGAGGAUCGCAACUUGUUUAAUGAAAAGGUGAUACAGCGCUGCAUAGAAAAUGGACGACACGGACUGGAUGUCUACCCCGAUCACUGACCCUGAAGAAAUAAAGAAGAAUGGUAACUUGAUGAGAAUCAAAAUGGAAUUGAUGACAAUGGAUAUACAGCGUGAGUUCUGCAGGGCUCUUGAAGAAGAGGAAGAUGGGAAGAAAUUUCAGGUGGAUAAAUGGUCUAAAAAAGAGGAUGGUGGUGGUGGAAUUACCUGCAUAUUGCAAGACGGCCGCGUGUUUGAGAAAGCUGGCGUCAAUAUCUCCAUUGUCACUGGCAGCCUGACCCAACAGGUCGUUCAACUGAUGAAGACAAGAGGGAAGACACUUUUAAGGGAAAAUAUGCCCUUCUUUGCCAUAGGAAUCAGCAGUAUUAUUCAUCCGAGGAACCCCCACAUUCCGACGGUGCAUUUUAACUACCGUUACUUUGAGGUGACCGAUGAGGAGGGAAAAAAACACUGGUGGUUUGGAGGGGGCACCGACCUCACGCCCUUCUAUCUGGAUGACGCCGAUGUGGAGCAUUUCCACAAGACGCUGAAGCAAGCCUGUGAAAAGCACAGUACAAGCUACUACCCGGACUUUAAGAAGUGGUGUGACUCGUAUUUCUUCAUUCCGCACAGAGGUGAGACCAGGGGCGUGGGUGGAAUCUUUUUUGAUGAUCUGGAAGACGGGGACCAAGAGGAUCUCUUCAAGUUUGUAUCGGAUUGUGCAGCCGCAGUUACUCCUUCCUAUCUUCCACUUGUGAAGAAAAACAAAGAUACAGCAUACGGAGAUAAAGAAAGACGCUGGCAGUUACUGAGAAGAGGUCGGUACGUGGAGUUCAACCUUAUCUAUGACCGAGGCACCAAGUUCGGCUUUAGCACACCUGGUGUCGGAUACGACAGACUCCUUAUGUCUCUGCCACUAAAUGCUAGCUGGGAGUAUUGUCACAAGCCCGAGCCCGGCUCAGAGGAGGCUCGACUGACAGAGGUGUUACAGAACCCUCGUGACUGGGUGUAGGUCCAGGGUUGUGGAUGUCCAUUGCUGACGCUACCAUCAUUCUUAGCUUCUACGUUCCUUCUUUGCAUUUAUCAAUUGAUUGUGAUUACAAAAAGGCAAUUCAAUUUUAAGCUCUACUUAUCUACAAAUUGUUAUAUGAUAUACUCACUCAUUUGUCUGUGUCAAUGUCUGGGCUAUGCUCUGGUUAUGGUAUUAGGCAACUUCGACAUAUCACUGUUUCUACUACAGGUAUUCUCAGUUGAAACUUCACGUAUGUUUGGGGUCAUUAUGUGAGGACACUUACCAUUUUCAAAACAUAUGAUCUGCAAUUCAGCAGAAAUAUCCCUAUUUUGUACUUACAGAGCAAAAUAAAAGUUUAGCGCGCUGUCUUGGGACUGCUCAUGUGUAAAACUUAAUUAAAGAUCAUUUGUUAUGAGAUUAUUAUUUAUGGUUUUAUGUCAAUUUUUAAAGAAGUUGAUCAUGACAUUAUUGUAGCUGUUUACUAUGUGUUCACCGUAUUCCACUCUUCUGUAACAUUAAAUGAUAGAUAAACGUACAAAUUAUUGAUGACUGUGACUUAUUUUUUAUUGCAAGUCAUGACAUAUGCAUAUGCAUAAUAUGCCUAUUCAAAGAGAUAGUAAGCUGAAUAAAAAACGUCACUUACUAAUAUUUGCUGUCGUGAAUUGUUGCAGCUCUACCAUCAUCAUGUUGAGUCAUUGGAGCUGACAAUUGUGCAUUAUUAGAAUCUAUUCAAUUAUUUGUGUUUGAAUACCAUGGCUUUCAAUGGGGGCAUAUAUGGCUUUGACAGUGUCCCUCUGGCUGUCUUUUGAUUUUUUGGUGGGCAUAAUGCUUGUUUUCACAAUUAGUGGAAUUUGAGACAAAAGUGGAAUCUGGGGACAUCAGUUUUUUAUGGGCACAUUUCUAGUUUUUAGCUCACCUGAGGAAAACAUCGCUCUAAUGAUAUCUUAGCCCAGUUCAAAAAUAGUUCUGGGUCCGCAUUCACCAAACAAUUCUUAGACUUAAGUCUAAGAAUAAAGAAUAUUUCUUUAAAUUGAUAUAUUCGAUAAUUGCUUGAAUUUUGAGUAAAACUUGUUAUUAAACACCUCUAUCUAUAUCAUUCUUCAUGUAGAACAUUUUGUUAAUGACAUAAAAACCAGUGGAGGCCUGUACAUAUUCAAACACUAAAUGCAUUUUUCUUGGUUCCAAUUACAUUCUUCAUUCUUUAGUUUAAGAAUGUGUUGGUGAAUACGGGCCCGGGUCUGUUGAAACUCAUUGCCAAGUGGAGUGGUGCAGUUCUCCUUGUAUGCAUAUUGUGAAACAUUAAACACUCUUGAAUUGGCAUUUUUUACCCAAUUAUAAUGAAACUUGGUCGGAACAUUUGUUCUAAUAAUAUCAUUGCCAAGUUGGAAAAUGCAUCUGGUCAGGAAAAACAUGGAGCGAGGGGUAGAAGCAGAUCUCCUUAUAUGGAGACCUUGUGAAGACUAAAGAAGUCACAUUUUUGCCCUAUCAUGAAAUUUACUCAAAAUAAUUGUUGUUAUGAUACCAAAGCCAAGUUGGUGAAUUGCUCCAGUCCACUGAAAAACGUGGCUGCCAGAGGCUGGGCAGUUUUCUUAAUACGAGUAAAAGGAUAUAUUGUGGACACUCUAGAAGCAUCAUAUUUGCCCAAUAAUCAUUAAACUUUCUCAGAACAUUUGUUGUGAUGGUGUUUGGAUCAAGUUUUAAAAUAAAUCUAUUCGGUUGAAAAACAUGGCUGCCAGGGGCUGUUGCAGUUUUGCUUACAUGGCUAUAGUGAAACCUUGUAAAAAAAAGAUUUUUUUUCCUUAUCGUCGUGAAACUUCCUCAGAGCUGUUAUUCUUAUGAAUUGUUGACAGAGUUUGACAAUUGUGUUGUUUCCUUGAAAGCACGUGACUGUUUUCCAUUUACGGCUAAAAUGAAACUUUUAUAAACAUUCUAGAAGUCACUUACAUGUAUUUGAAAAAUUAUUAUAAAACUAUUUGUUUUUAUAUACCAUUAGAAAAUGGCUGAGAUCGAAAAUGGUUCUAGCUGUGGAAAAUAUGGUUAUUUUGUUUGCCUUGUUAUCAUGAAAAUUGGUAGAAUCAUUUGUUUUGAUGAUUUCUCAAUCGAGUUUGAAAAUGGUUCCAGUCCAUUGGUGGGGCAAGAUAUAGUGAAAUCGUGUGAACACUCUAGUUGUCAUGUAUUUUUCCAAUAUUCACGAAAUUUGCUCUGAACAUUUGUUCUUAUAAUAUAUCUCAGCUGAGUUCUAAAAGGGUUUACUGAACGUCACAAAAGCUUUUCAGAACAAUUCAGUCAUUUUGGGUCUCAGUUGAGUGACCUUGGGUCAUUGGCCCAAUUAUUUUAGAUUGUUGGUACUCUGGUUUUAAGGCUUAUUGUGUCUUUAUUUAAAGACUUAAGGAUAUAUUGGUUAAAGUAAUAUUACAUAUUUUUCAUGAAAUAAGUAAUACUAAUUUGUUUAUUUAUUUUACCAAAAGUUGAAUUUUAGUAUAUUUGUUUAUUGUUGAUUUCGUUACAUCAAUGGCAUUUGCAGUACUGACAUCAUAUAUGUAAGAUUGUAAAUUGACAUGUUUGAUAGUAUAUAUAGUGUCAUAGGUGUUUUUGAAACAAAAAAUAAGUGUUUUACAUAUGUGUCAAGAAUGAUUUUUGACUGUUGAAUAUGGCUGAUUUAAUAGCGCUGUUAAUACCCAUAGUUUUAGUUGAUAGUUCGUAUUUGAUAAAAUAUUGUACAACAUUCAAAUAUUUUAUGUCCUUUCCAUUGGUAGUUAUGAUUAUGAAGUGGUACUUGUAAAUAUGUAUUAUUGUUUGUUGGGAUAUUAUUUACAAUAAUCAUUUGCACAACAUAUACUAUUGUUUGAUAGAGCUACACUGUCCCCAUAUUGCAUAAGACCUGUUUUUACAUGAUGCGGGUCACAUGACAUUCAAUUCACAAAUAGUUUAUAUUUUAUUCACUUUACAACUCUCUGUAUUUUUUAAUAACACAUGAUAUUAUGAAAGGUAUUGCAUCUAUUUUUAUUUUACAUAUUUGAAGGUGAACAAACUUAUUCAGAGAAAUAAAGCUGGUAUUUGUUUGCUUGUAAGAAUAGAGUAUAUUUAUAUUUUGUUGGCUUUAUUGUAGAAAGAAACAUACUCACAUAUUUACCUCUUUUGUAUAGUAAUUAAUCAUGAUUACAUUUAACGUUUAUAUUAUGUUGUUUAAUCAUAUAUUACUAUCAUCCAUUUUUUUUUUAUAAUCAAUAUGAUGAGUAGCGUAUUAUUGAAUUUUGUUUCUUCAUAUAUUUUAUAUAUAUUGUUAACUUAAUCACUGUCAUUGUGCCUUUUGUGGUAUUUUCUUACGUUGUUAUCGUCCUUUGUUGGGGUUUCUAACAUGACACAUAGAUAGACUAUUACAUGGUACACAGAGAAUUCAUUUAUCUGUUUUACUGAAGAACUGCUCUUUGCAUGAAAGACAAGCUGUUAGGUAUUACAAAUUCAAUAACAACAUUUGUGCAUUGAUUGCCUGUAAAAAUAUAAUUGUCAAUAAGCUAUAAUUUACAUGGAACAACAUGUCUCAAACAUAUGGAUAUAGGAUCUAAUUGUAAUUCAAAAUACUACAUCAUCCUUUGUUACUCAGUGUUGUGUUUUGUGAAGGAUAAUAGCCAUAGCAUUAUACAGGCUGCAUUCAAUAGUUAUAAUUUCUAUAUCAACAAGAAACCAUGCUAAAAGAUUUUAAAAUAGUUCUUGUAAGUUUAGUAUCCAAUAAAUAGCUUGCCACAUAAUUAACUAUAUACACAAUAUUAUUUAUCAUUUAUUGGGUACUAAAUUUUACAUUUCCAAUUUAUGUUUCACUGUUCAUUUCAGUCUUAAAUUAAACAAUGUUGUGUUUGAUCCCAAUACAAAUAGAUGAAUGGUAAAUAAUAUAUUCAUGUACAAAAUUGAUAAUUUCUAAAAAAAUGUGUAUUUUAAAGCAUGAUGAAUGUACACUACAUGUUGAUAUAUAAAACUUCUGACUGGCAACUGAAAUCUAAAUAAAAACCGCUCAACUGUCUGGUUUUGUUUUGUUUACCUUUUUUUUCAGACAAUCAACUUAUUUUAUAUCAUGUUUCUGUCCAAUGUUAUAUUAAAUGUCCACAUGUGUUACACUGUCA